CAAACCCCCGGGACCCGACCCCGCCGGACCAGACCGAUGGAGCAGCGGAUCGUCGGGCCCGGGCCCUACCGGGCCACCAGGCUGUGGAACGAGACGAUCGAGCAGUUCCGGGCCGGCCUGCCCGUGGGGAGGCACCGCUGUCGCCUACGCAACUACGAGCGCUGCUUCGUGGCCCGCGCCGCGGUGGACUGGCUGCUGGCCCUGCUCCGGGGCAGCCACAACUUCGGUCCCGAGGUGACACGUAGGCAGACCGUCCAGCUGCUCGGAAAGUUCCUGAAAAACCACGUCAUCGAGGACAUCCAGGGCCGGUGGGGGACAGAGGACUUCAAGGACAACCGGCAGCUAUACAGGUUUCCCCUUUCGUCCCCACUGAAGCCCUAUCCCAGGAGGCCGCCAUUCCACGGGGACCCCGUGAAGUUCCCGGCCUGGAGCGACACUCCGCCCGCCACCUCCCAGGAUAACAUCCCCGUGCGGCCUCUUCUACUGAACUCGGACUCGUGGUUCAAGCGGCACAGCAUAGCCAUCGGGGAGAUCCCGGCCUGCCGCCUGGUGCAGCGCCGGCAGCUGACCGACGCCAACGUCGAGGACAUCUGGAAGUCUAUGACCCUGGCCCAUUUACAGAAAGUCCUGGGGCUGGACUCUCUGGAGGCAGUUUUGGACGCCAAGCUGGUCAAGUCGAAGAAUAUCAUCCACAACGUGUACCGCGUCAACCAACAGGGCCUGGUGCUCCUGGAGGACAAAUCACAGGAGCUUCCACACUGGGUGCUCUCAGCGAUGAAGUGUUUAGCAAAUUGGCCCGGCAGCUCCAACACCAAGCAGCCCUCGUACCCGGGGUUCGAGAAGGACGUCUUCAGGACGAUCGCCGACUACUAUGGCCACCUGAAGGAGCCACUGCUCACUUUCCAGCUCUUCGACGCCUUCGUCAGUGUGCUCGGUUUGUUUCAGAAAGAAGCUGCGGCUGUGGAGGGCCUGCAGACCUGCUGUCUCCUGCUGCCCCCCGAGAACCGGCGGAAGCUGCAGCUGCUGACGCGCCUUAUGGCUAGGAUCCACGACAACCGCCAGCUGCCGCCACUCUGCGAACACUCCGGGACUCGGGCCCUGAUAGUCCAGACCUUCUCGCGCCCCAUCCUGCGCUCCAGAGCCGAGGCGGAACUGGAUGAGCUGCUGUCGGCACGGCUGGUGACGUUCCUCCUGGACCAUCACCAGGAGAUCCUGACGGUGCCCCCCGCCCUGCAGGCGGCUGUGGAAGAGCGCCUGGCUCACCUGCGCAGGGUCCAGAUUAAAUACCCGGGAGCCGACCCUGACACCACCUUACCUGGCCCGUCGUUUUGCCGCCAAAUCAGUCCCGAGGAAUUUGAAUACCAGAAGGAAUUUGGGGCCCAGGAGCCAAUAGCGGCCUUGUUGGAGGGGACGCUCGCUGACCCCAAACUAUCGGUCAAAGAGAAAAGGAAAAAACUGAAACAGUUCCAGAAGUCGCACCCUGCAGCGUUCCAGGAGCGGUUUCCGACGCCAGAGAGCCAGGCGGCGGCACUGUUGGUAGAGCGGCCCAGGCCGCCGCUGCUGGUACGGGCACUGACCAGGCCCUUCCAGGCCUUUCACAGGACCAGGAGCUUCCGGGUGUGACCGCCGGGGCCGCCGGGACAGGCAGACACGGGGUUCCGCCGGCCCGCUCCCCAGACACUCGGACCCACCGAUCGGCCGGUGGGCAGCCGUCAUUUCGGGGAUUUACCCGCUCAGGUGGGUUUUUACAUGAACAAAUGUGAAAUGGAGACAUGAAUUAGUAUUGUAAAUGUGGAUGGGCGGGGACCUGCUGCCUCUUUGUCCCCUAUGGACCAUCCACCGGUACUCUCUACCGGCACUGUCCACCGACACCAUCCACUUCAGGCCACUCACUGCUGGCCGCUCUGGGGGUUCCUCAGCCCUUUGUUUCUCUCCAAGCAGCAGGCAUCUGGGGACCCAGGUGGUCCCCGUAGGGGCAGGGGCCAGAGCAACUUUGGAACAUUGUAUGCUGCUGCUGUCCUGGAUGCUCUUGAUUGACUCUAGGCCACACUGAACGCCCUUGCUGGACCCAGGAUGUGUUGCUGGGCUGCUGGUGGUGCUGGGCACCAUCGCUGUCACACUGAAUUCUGUUCCUGGACCCAGGACUCUCUUGCUGGGCUGCAGGUGGCACUGGGCACUAGCACUGUGACACUGAACACUGUUACUGGACCCAGGACACUGUUGCUGGGUUGCAGGUCACACUGGAUACUAUCACUGUGACGCUGGAUGCCAUUGCUGGGCUGCCCGGUGUCACUGGACACUAUCGCAUGUGACCCCGGACACCAUUGCUGGAUGCAGGAUGCUGUUGCUGAGCUGCCAGGUGGCACUAGACACUAUCACUAUGACCCAGGAUGCUGUUGCUAGACCCAGGACACUGUUGCUGGGCUGCAUGUGGCACUGGACUCUCACUAAGACACUGGUUGCUGUUGCAGGGCUCUGGCCUGUACUGGCAGCACCCCUGACUGGGGCCAGCUGAGUAGUUCUCUCUCUCUCUUUCUCUCUCUCUCUCUCUUUCUCUCUCUGUGUCUCUCAGUAUCUUUGUCCCUGUCUCUGUCUCUCUUGCUCUCUCUCCCUCCCUCCCCUCCCACCGCCCCGGACCUCUGACUUGUGGGAUAGGGGCUCCCUCCCUCACUGCAUGAACAAAUGCAGGGCUCCCUCUCCCCUCUCCCAUCACCCAAGGGUGGGAGGCCAUGAGGAGUUCACGAGGCUGCUUCAUUGAGGCCAGUGAGUCCCUAUGUCACCAAAAUUGUGGUUUGGCCACCACCCCCCACCCCCAUGCCCGGCUCUGGCCAGGCAGGCAGCCUGGAGGGACCCCAGGAUCCAGCCAGAAGGGGCAAGGUUCCACCAAUCUUUCCGAGAAGUGUUUUCUGAACCUGGAUUUUCCCAACCAGCCUUCCUCUUCUUCCUCUUCCUCCUCCUCUUCCCGCUUCCCCACCGGGACAAUAAACAUUCCAGCCGCCACCAGCAUUUUGUCCUGUGUCUGCGUUGCGACGGUCAGGACUGGACCCGAUGUUCCAAUGUUGGCCUGGCUCUCCUGGUCCUCCCUCCCCUCCUCCUGACCUCACUACAUUCCCCCCUGCCCUGCCUCACCUGGAUGUCUGCUUUGGGCCUAGGCCUAAAUUAGCGGCCUGGGCACCUCUCAUAAAAACAGCAUCCUUGGGCCCUGCCCUCGUGGAGCUUCCAGCUGAGCUGAGGAAAACAGGUACCAUUUGACCAGCUAAAGUGAGGGGAAAAUAAAGAAGUGUGAGAAGCCGGUAACCACAUCGGUGCUAAUAGGUCCUUCCAGAUGUGUUAGAGGUGUGUGUGUGUGUGUGUGUGUGUGUG